GGUCGACCGUCCGCUGUGCGACAGGUUCGUGGGCUCGUGGGGCCAGUCCCCGCCGCAGUCCCCGCCGCUGGGCCUGGAGCUGGUGGCGGACACCGCGCGGGCCGGGUGGGCGCAGGCCGCCGGCGCACAGCGGAGGGCCUCCUCCGGCGCCGCGGCGCGGGGCGCCCCGCCCCAGGAGCUGCCCCUGGAGCUGGCGUCGUCUCAGCGAGUGCGUGGGAGGCUCCUCGCCAUGGGCAGCAGCUUCCACGAGCUGGACCGGCAGGUGGAGGAGGACGCCCGCAGGCGCAAGGAACUUGAGCAGCAGGGCGUGCGCGAAGUCUCGCUCGCACUCGCAAAGCUCGAGCAGACGCUGAUGGCGGAGGUCGGGCGGCGGGAUUCCACGGAACGACAGGUGGAGCAGGCCGUGGAGAGGAUGCUGGAGGGCAUGACAGGUCGCCUCCAGGCCAAGCUUGAAGGGCGGUUCCAGGCUCUGCGCAGGGCGUUGGCCGGACUUGCCGAGCGUUGCGCGCUGCUCGAGAGAGGCAUCCAGCAGUUCCAGGGCGCCCUGCCCACAAAGCUUACGGUCGAGACGGAGGCCCUCCGGCAGGUCCUCCACGCCCUGCACGCCGAGUUCGUGGCGGACACCAAGCAGACCAUCCAGCGGGACGAGGGCUACAGCAGGAGCAUCCAGGAGACCAUAGACGCGGUCGAAAGGGGCUGCGCGCAGGACCUCGUGCAGCUGGAGCGGCAGGCGGAGACGCUUCAGGGCGCCCUCCUCGACGCGAGCGUCGCGCAGGAGCCCAGGGGGGUCGCGGCCAGGCGCGAGGCGGUCCUCGGGCACCUCUCGGCGCUCAAGGACGGCCUCGCCGAAGAACGCCGUGCGCGCGAGGCUGCCGACGACGGGGUGGUGCAGGCCAUCGACCACUACGCGGCCCAGUUCCACCGCGCCCUGAGGCUCGCGAGCGGGUGA